UCCGGUAUACAGUGACGUGUUUUUGUCACAUAACACCGCUUAGUGGGGACAAGAGACGGAUCCUCCUCCUCUACUGUACAGUUACAUAUCUGUUCUGCGUACACAAAUCAUUUCUUAUCCUUCAGAGACGAGUAAAAGUGUCGCAGGAAGCGGACAGUUCAUCGGUGAUGGCUUCGGUUAAAAAAGACGACAGACUGACGAGCUCUCAGAGCUUUAUGUGCGUCGGUUUCGCCGGGGUUUUCAGUAAAACCGUCACGUCGCCCCUCGAGGUGGUUAAAAUUAAAAGUCAGGUGGGAACUUUUUAUUGCAAGAAGGGUUUCUGGCAAAGUUUUGCCCUCAUCUACCAGCAUGAGGGAAUUCGAGGAUUUUGGAAAGGAAACCUCGCCUCUUGUCUGCGGUUGUUCCCCUACACCGCAGUUCAUCUCACAACAUACAAAAAGAUAGUCCACCUUCACAUGGAUGAACUGGGCUUCAUCUCUCAGUGGAAAGCCAUAUUCGCCGGCGGACUGGCUGGUAUUGCUGCUGCCCUGACCACGUACCCUCUGGAGGUGGCAGAGACCAGGCUCAUCGUUCAGAACUGCAGACAGCCCACAUACAUCGGUGUAGCUCACACACUCUCAAAGAUCUACAGUAAUGAAGGGCUGCUUGCUCUCUACAGGGGCUUUUCCCUCACUUUAUUGGGUGCAUUUCCCUUUUCCAUAGGAUGCUAUGCAGUCUACAUGAACUUGGACAAACUUUGGCAGGAGCCUCCUUUUCGCUUCACUCCCCUUCAGAACUUCAUUAAUGGCUGCCUCGCAGCGGGAGUGGCCCAAACACUCUCCUACCCUUUUGAAACAGUGAAACGGAAGAUGCAGGCGCAGAGUGCCCGUCUUCCCCAUUUUGGUGGAGUUGACGUCCAUUUCAGUGGAAUGGUGGACUGUUUCAUACAGGUUGUCAAAAACAAGGGUGUCCUCUCACUGUGGAAUGGCCUUACUGCCAACACAAUAAAGAUUGUUCCCUACUUUGGCCUUCUUUUCACCUGCUUCGAGAUGUGUAAGCAGGGCUGCCUUUACCGCAACGGGUACAUCGUCUCACCCCUGAGCUACAAACUUGCACCGGGGGUCGACCAGAGCCUCGGGCCGUACGAGCUGGAAGACGCAAAGCGCUACUUGAAAAACAGGAACUUUGGGUCAGGGGAGUCGUCUUUCAGAAACCGCUGGUGAAACUUGACAUGAGAAGAUAUCUUGUAGGGAUGCGGGAUUCAGAAAAUGUUACAUUCGAUUCACUAUCAAUUUUUAGGCUCAAGAUUCGAUUAAAAAUCGGUUUUCAAUUCAAAAAUGAUUCUCAAUUUUAAAAAACGAUUCACAGUAUGUAAAUGCUGUUACUUUUCCCAUGUGAUAGUAUCCAAAACGGGAAAAAAAUAAAUAUGAAUUGAUUUUUGGAAUUCUAUGAUUUGAUUUUGAAUCUGUAGAGCUUGAAUCGCAAUAUAAAUGUGAAUCGAUUUUUUUGCCCACCCCUGACCACACUUGACCAGCAAAUUGAAAUAUUUGUUGUGUCUAUGAUAAUUAAAUAACAUUUCAGGUUUCAGGUCUUCAUAGAAGGCGUUACCAUCUAUUUAAAUGAUGUCCUGUCAGCAACGGUCUACCUCUUUCAGAAAUAUUGUUAUUUCAUCUGAUGGUAUUAUUUGUUAGUGAAAUGUUCCCUCACCCUUCAUGUCUUUCCAUAACUUUUUUUAACCAACAUUAUGUGCCUUGAGCAUUAACCUUUGAUUUCGGGGCUCAUUUCAGUUAUUGAUAUCAAAUGGUGCCAUAUGGUGUGAUAGAUUCUAUUUGUAAUGUAUGAUGAAUGGAUAAAUGUUAAUGCUUCUUAUGUUUGAGUAUGAUCAAUCACUUAAAUGUACUAACAUUGAUUGUGAUGAAAGACAUGCAUAAAACAUUAAAAUUUCAUUGAGACAA